CGCAGAAACGUAUCCAGUGCCUAUAAAACUGGCGGCCAGUUGAUCACCACCAUUCCAUCCAACGUCUGACGUCCAACAUGCUGCUACUUCUCGUCACUCUGUCUUGCCUGGCGGCCGUCAAGGCUCAAGCUACACCUUGCUGUAUUGGAAUCGCUUGGUCAGCCAAAGUGUUUGAUGUUCGCGCACCCUUCCAAGGAAAUAACGUAAAUGCUGACUUCUACUACGACUGGACCAACGAAGCUACUGCCAUCCAGUACUAUGUGUAUGGAUCAGUUCAGAAGUCAACCAGAAUUGUCACGUCGUAUGAAAAGAACGAACGCUACACCAUAUUGGCCGAUGGAACAUGUACAAAAGACGCCCCAAAUGACGUCCUCCUGCCAUUCUGCAUCCCAGACGGCAGUACAGACCUUGGCUCAAGCUAUAUUGGUACUGAGGGAAGCGAGAUGAAAUCCGACAACUGGUUGAUAACUAUCGGCUCUAUCAACCUGACCGUGGGCGUCACCGACCCAGACUGUGUCUUAACCUUCUUGGGGACCUUCAACCUGGGAGCGAGUCCUCCAGAUACGAAACUAUACUUCAACGGAUAUAAAACAGGCACCACGGACCCAGAUGCUUUCGGCGUCCCCCUCAACUGUUAAAAUGUGACGCUGCACUUGAACUUGUAGAUCCGAUUGUUGUCUGUUUCACUUGACUUGUCAUUAAAUCAAUAAAUAUUCUUUGGAG